CCAACACUGCUUAUUAUUAUCGAUUUUCAACCGGUGCACUUUAUCACUAGUCAGGAUAAAUGUCUGAAUAAUAAAGAUGAUAAGUGGUGAGUGUUUGUGCAGAUCGAGGCCGACCUGGGGUUUCCUGGAGGAAAGGCUCGCAUCAUCCACAAGGAGUCUGACAUCAUCACGGCGUUCGCCAUCAAUAAGGCCAAUCGCAACUGUUUAGUGAUCGCCUCCAGCCACGACAUCCAGGAGCUGGAUGUGUCCUACAUCCUCGCCUCGCAGAUCCUGACCUGGGUCGAUGACGAGAACGAGGCCGAGGUCAAAGGGACGGAUGACUUCCUGGUGGUUCACGCUCGGGACGACUUCAGCGCGCUUCACGGCAGCACACCCUACACCCACAGCAGCCCCGGGACACCCAUCAACAUGCCCUGGCUGGGGGGCCUGCAGACGGGCCGAGGAGCCGCUGUGCUCAUCAAACGCAACAUCAACAACGUGAGGCGGAUGACGUCACACCCCACGCUGCCCUACUAUCUGACUGGAGCUCAGGACGGCAGCGUGCGCAUGUUUGAGUGGGGUCACUCACAGCAGAUCACCUGCUUCAGGAGCCCCGGAAACUGCAGGGUCACCAGGAUAAGAUUCAAUUAUCAGGGCAAUAAGUUCGGGAUCGUGGAUGCAGACGGAGCGCUCAGUCUCUGGCAGACCAGCACCUCAGGAAACGCUCCCAAACCCUAUCUGACGCUUCAGUGUCACAAUAAGACGGCGAAUGACUUUGUGUUUGUGGGCUCGUCGUCUCUCAUCGCCACCGCAGGCCUGUCCACAGACAACAGGAACGUGUGUCUGUGGGAUACUUGUCAUACCCUUGUCAUUAUACAAAUUUAUUCGUGUGCUGCAGGCUUCAGCUGUCACGAGUCCGGCUCCACGGUUCUGGCUCUGGCGUCUAAACAGCAGCUGCUGCUCAGCGGAGGCCGGAAGGGCUGCAUCAGUGUUCUGGACCUCAGUCUGAAGAUCCAGCGCCAGAGUUUCCAGGCGCACGACUCGGCCGUCAAAGCGCUGGCCGUCGACGCCAGCGAGAGCUGCUUCAUGAGCGGAUCGGCCGAGGGCAACAUCAAGGUGUGGAGCAUGUCCACCCAGAGCCUCCUGCACACCUUCAGUAAUGAACACGCUCGCCAGUCACUCUUCCGUAACCUGGGCACAGGCGUCAUGCAGAUCGAGACCGGCCCGGCCAAUCACGUCUUCUCCUGCGGCGCAGACGGCACCAUGAAGCUCCGCCUCCUCCCCGACGCUCUGAGCCUCUACUGCAGCGGCGUGAAGAACGACGUCAGGUUUAUCAUGUAGCACACUCAUGACUCUUGCACACGGUACGACAAGCAAUACGAGAGAGACGCAGGGAAUCCUGCGCUCAAGCACACUGUACGAGUUGCUCAGCAUUCUCAAGUUAACCUGGAAUAUAUAUCUCUAUAUAUAUCAGUAAAGCCUUAACUAGCCAAACGGUGUUGUGAUCGUGCUCUAGACUCAAUAUAGUGAUAAGUGUCCUUAUAUUUCUACCCUCGCGCUGGACGUCCCCUGGCUUCUGUUGCGUGUGUCAAAUGAUGUGCGGUCAUUCUAAUAACCAUUUUUUGUAAGGUAUUGUAUAUUACUACAGUAAGCAGUAUUUAUUGAGAUGAUGAGCUUUAAAGCGAUAGUUCACCCAAAAAUAAAAAUAGCCAUAAUUUCCUCUCCCUCCAAACUUGCACGAGCGUCUUUCGUCUGCUAGACACUAAAGAAAAUGCUCUGAAGGCCAAACAGUUGCCGGUACCCAUUCACAUCCAUACUAUAGAAGCCAAUGGGUACCGGCAGCCGUUUGGUCUCCAGAGCAUCUUCUGUAGUGUUUAGCAGACGAAAGACGCUCGUGCAAGCUGAGGAAGAGCAAACGAUGGCAGGAUUUCAUUUUUGGCUGCUCCAUUCCUUUCACACAGGCACUGAUAGUGUUAAUGUUACCUGAGGUUGAAGAUGAAGCACU